GAACUUCAGGAAACACAGCGGUGGCUUGGGAGAGGUGGCCUGGCCACUGUGGCCCCCUGGCCUGUGGCCUUCUUUAGCAGAGUUGGUCAUCGGUGGGGAUGGGGCAGCCGAGCCAUGUGCACCACCCUCUUCCUGCUCAGCUUGGCCAUGCUGUGGCGCCGUAGAUUCACCAACCAAGUGGAACCAGAGCCCAGCAGAGUGGAUGGGACACUCGUGGGCAGCGGCUCGGACACAGACCUUCAGUCUACCGGCAGGGAGAAAGGACCUGUGAAGUAGGCCUUCACUUCUUCAGUCAGCUCGGCUCUGGGGACUGCUACCCACCCACUGGCCCUGACAGCUGGAGUCCUGGUUCACCUCCCACCCCAGGAGAAUGUUGUGGUGCUAGAAGCAGCUGCAGGAGGGAAAAUGGGAGAAGUGACCAUGGAGAAGCCGUAUCCCACUUACAGAAAUGGUAACCAUGAGAGUGUAUCUUUAAACCGACAAGAGAUGAAGGCCAAGGGUUUCAGGACUGGCUCUCUCCAGCAGUUGACCAGCAGCCUCAAGGACGCUCCUCCUCUUCCCAGUCCAUCCUCAGACGGGUUUGGCUCUUGCUCUGAAGCCUCACAGAUUCCAGACGGCUGCGACAGGCCUGAGCAUCACGCCUCUACAGUGUCCCAGAGCCAGGAGAGAGGCUGUUGUUUUUAAAGGCAAGAAGAAUUCCCCAGACUUGGCCGGAAUUGUAUUGUAGACAAGAUGGAGGAAGAACAGCUUCCAGGCCGGCCACCAACAUGUCUGCCUACAGACGUACUUCCUGUGAAACCCCUGAUGCAGAUGUUCCAACUGUAAGCAGUCAGCACCUUGGAGGUAUUACUAACCCUUUUUCAUGAUCUGAUUAAUAAAACCCACAAUUCCCUUUGUAACUAAGAAGGGAACAUCAGUAC